AGACAAUUGAAGGAAGCAAUGUGUACUGAUUGACUAUAGAAAGUCUUUGGCGCUCCUCAAUGUUCUGCUUUUUCACAGAGCCAACACGAACUCGUGGAGCAAAGAUCGUCUCCCACGAUAGAUGCGAACCCAACACUCAAGCAAGCCAACCAAAGAUACCCUUCCCAUCAACGAGAAGCCUCUUUGAAAGUUGAAAGCGUUCCGAUGGCAGCACCACCACACAAGCACACAAGCACACAAAACCAAACAAAGAGUUUGCAUCAACGAAGAAUAAUCGAAAGGAAGAAAUUAAAGAAACAAUAAAAGGAAUUGAAAAUGGUGGUAGCCGAUAAGAAGAAGCCCGAACUUGGUCGUUACGUUGGUUUGAGCGAGGAAGGUGGCCAAGCCCCCGUGGUGGAUCCUGCUGCUCUUCAGCGUGUGAUUUCUGUCAAGUUGGCAGCUCAGGGCUUUAGCAACCAGAAAGCUGCCAAGGAUGACGAGAUUUUGGAUGUGGCCUCUGAUCUUUUCAGGGUCUACCGUGAACAAAGCCGUUUGUUGGAGAACUACCGUCCUCCCAUUGAUCAGCGUAUUCAGGCUUUCUUGAACGACGCUUUGGCUUCCACUGGAGAUGAAAUCCCCCAGUUGCCUCAGCAAACUUUGCCCGUCGAUCGCUACGGGUUGGCCAGGGAAUUGUCCUUCCCUCAAGGAGCCAAUGAGUUCCACAACAGUGAGAUUGACUCCUACCGUUUGACCAAGAACGGUGUCUUGCACAACCCCAUCAACGACAAGCGUACCACCAAGGGAGUCUUCCACGUGGCUGACUACGGAUUGCCCAUCCCCGCCGACAAAAUCAAGGUCCCUCUCGUCACCUACCAGAGGCUCUUGAAGACGGCACUCAAGCCUCCCGCGGACCUCAACACGCUCCCUUACACCUCGGAGUGGGAAACCCCUGCCGAAACCAUGGUCUCACUCCUCCUUCGUCCCUUGGCUUGUCCUGAAGUCCCUGGAGUCAACGCGGAGAAGCGCCUAGAAGUUCGUUUCUUUGUUCCCGGUGGCUGCGUUUCCAACCUCGACUUCGUCGAGUCGAUCUUUGGCAAUGCUGGAGAUCCCUCGCUUCCUGAAAAUGACAGCGGAUUGGAUACUGCCCACUGGACCGGAACCACUGGAUGUGUGAUCCUCGCGCCACAUCUACGAAAGACCAUCAAAAAGGAACUAGGACUUCCCAAUAUCCAGGAUGCCACCGAUGAGCAAAAGAGGACCGGUAUGUGCUGGGAAGAUCCGGCCGAACUAUACAACGGAGGAAAACCAUUCAAGAUCACCAUGCGCGAUGAACGUGGAAUCAUGGUCACCAUCUUGGCCGACAACUACUUUGGAUACUGCAAGAAGGAAGUCAAGACACAGAUUGGAUUGACAGCUAAUGUCACUGGUUUGGCCGAGGAAGAACACGCUGGUGGAGCACUCGCUUUCAAGUCCACCAACCUUGGAGAAAAAUUCAAGGCAAACCCACGAUACAUGCAGACCAUUGUCCCCAAGACGGCACCUCCCAACACGUACAAGUUUGAAGAUGCCUUGAAGCUCCUCGGCGACACCGUCACAUUGCACCCCGAAGGAUAUGCCACCGACAAGCACUUCCCGGACAUUCACAUCUUGCCCGAAGACAUGCAGCUCAAUGUUCAUACCCAAACGGCGACAUUCACCAAUCGCAAGACCAACAAACUUGAGUCCUUGCGCUUGAAGCCAAACCACCUAUACGUACAUCCCUCGGGGUACAAGGUGUUUGUUGGACGUCAUCCAACCGUACCCAAAUGGCGGCUCGUAGGAACGCUGGCUGAGCCCACCUUCUGUCACAAGCCAUCUACCGUCAGCGGUGGAGGCAAAUCAGAAAUCUCAAAGUCGCUCAGCGACGCGGUCUUGCAUGGACCCAUCUUUAUUGGUGAAUAUGAAAAGGACAUGCAGCUUGUCAAGGAGAUCUUUGACAGGGACUACAGCAGCUGUAUCCUACCACAAUUCAAGGAAGGACAUUCCGAUCCAUCCCGCCCAAUUCUUAGCAUGGACAGGACCUUGGGAAGUGUCAUCAAGCUUUUGACAACCGAUGAUGUCUUUACUCCCGAGCAUAAUGCUUUUGUGGAGAGUAUCCCCAACCACAUCCUGGCCAUUGUCUUUGCCAUCAAAUCAAGCUACCGUCCGGAAAUGGGGGACAACUGGAAAUCACAUUUCACGGUCGACAUUACCAACGGAGUCCCUGGGCACGAAUUGAAGCUAAAUGAGCGUCAACUCGUUGGCUCGUAUCUUCGUGUCGGGCACAACCGCGAUGGUACUUGGCGCAAUUACAAGAUGCGACAAGAUUUUAUCUCGGCGGCCAAGGUCCAAAUGGAAGAUGACAUUACAGCCAGUAUUGUCGUCCCCCGAGAGCAGAUCAAGGGCCUACCCGAGGCUGACUACUCUCGCUACCCUUCUUUGAAGAUCAGUGAGAAUGUCGAGUACCGCCUCUUCCAGCGUCCCGAUGACGCCAUCAUUCCUGGUUUUGACAAGCAAACCGAGAUUGACAUGUCGGAAGCAGGUUUGUUCUGCUCGAACUUCCAGCCGAUUCCUCGCGGCGAGGAAAUGGAGCGCUUGACGGAAGAGCUGUACUUCUUUGACUUGUUUACGGAACCGAUGCAGAAGCACAUGGUGGAGGCUUCCUCUGGCGAGGGUGUUGCCAUUUGCUCAGCCAAGCCUCGCUUGGUCGACGGCAAGCCCACGAAGAAUCCUCGUUACUUGCAGGUCCGACCGGAUAUUACAGUCCCUCGCGACCGGUACGUUGCCGAACUCGGUGCCCGUUUGUACCGUCGCUUGUCGGUGGAUGAGGCUUGCGUGUUCCCAGUGGCUGGAGUGUUGAGUGGUCGGCGCAACAACCCUCCUGAUGAGCUGAACGGCACGAAGAUCCGCCCUCUUGCGGUGUACAACCCACUUCACUACCAGGAGCUUCCCGAGUUGUUCAUGGACUACGUCUGCUGUGUGACUGGAAAGAGUCCUUCGACGACUGGAGCCGGUUCGGAGGGUGCCUUGUCCAAGGGUCCCUUCAACGCCAUUGGAGCCACGGCCGAUCUGAACAAUAUGCUCGUGUCGAUGCUUUUGACGGAGUACGGUGGCUUUAGCAGUGCAGCCGGUUGGAUUGGCCCCAAGUACAAGGUUGACCACGACAUUUCGUUGUUGAUCCCCGAGUUGUGGUGCCGCAUGACCCCCAAGGAGCGCGAUCCAGAGUACUUGAUCAAGGAACGAUACCUCGAGCCCAUUGCGGACUUUGAGUACGAAGGUCGUCAGAUUCCUGCGUCUCGUCUUGGGUACCGCAUUACGAAGCGGUUUGUGCACAACUUUUUCUGUCGCAUCUUUGACAAUCCUUCUGGAGUGUUCACGGAGGAGAUGCUUCAGCCCGAGAAGCAGGACAUGGCCGUGUUUGUGGACGGAAUCGAGAACAUUGCGCAGGCGAUGGAGAAGUCUGCGCUGUUGUACUUCAAGGACGGCAUUAUUGAGGAUGCGUGUCCUCCAUUGCGGGCGGUGCUGCAUGUGAUGGCGUACGGUCACUACAAUGGGAAGAAGAUUGACGACCCGGCGAUCCGCGCCAUGUUUACUCGCGAGGCGUUGAUCAACAGCAAGUGGUACAAGGCGCGUCUAUUGAAGAAGCAACGGCGUGAGGUUUCGUUGUGGGAAAAGAACGUGGAGUACUUGGAGUCGUUCUUGGCUCGCCCCGGCUACGACGUGGAGGCCAAGCGUUUGAACAUCCAAGAGCGAUUGGAGCAGGCCAAGAAGGAACAUGUUCGAGUUCAAGGCGACGAGUAUUUGCAGAGCUUGGUUGGCACGUUGGGCGCCGAUUUGAUCCACGACGGAUACGUGAUGAACGCGACGGAAGAAGGAGGCAUUCCCACCGACAUCAUUCAAGCUUAGGUUUGACCACCUUUACUUGUGCGUGUUGCAAAGGCCCUGCAUAAUAAAAAAGAAAAGCAGCAGCCGCAACCGCAGUAGCAUUCACCAGUACGAACUAAAAUAGUUUUUGACUUUGUAUGACAUUGUUGUCCUUUUCUUGUUCGUUCUUUAUUGCUGUUUGGCCUUCAGAGAGCAUUGCUUGGAUCUGGCCUGACUGGCUCCGCACCUGCUCUAAACCUUUUCUUGAG